UGAAUAAUCAAAAAGAAAGUGUAAAAGGCAAAUUGGGUUAUGUGUGUCUGGUUAAACAACAUAGAUGCAACUUGUGACGUAGUAACCAGUGCGCUACGUUUGCGCUCGUUGUUGUUUUGAGUUUGGCGUGUUGUUCUAUUUAUUCUAGUUACCAACGUUACAUACAACGAUAACAACUGCACAGGAUAGCCAAAUAAUGAUAAUUUAUAUAAAGCAUGAUCAUCAUGCUCCUCGAUGAUCAUUCAUUCCACAAGUUGGCGUGCAUUUUAUCUAAUUUCGGCCUAAGCCUAUACCAUAAUGACGAGUAUUACUUUCAACACGGCUUCACCUACUUAUGUCACAGAAGAAGAUUCCUCGCAUUAUUAUUACAAUUAUGAAACGGAUGGUGUCGAUACUGUCAAAUCAAAGAAUGACGUCAUCAGUGUUGAAGGGCUGGUUAAGCAAGAUAGCACCAGAGACUGGGAUGCUGGGUCAAUUGCAUGUAUAUUUGGCCCAUUCCUAUUUUUGUUCGUCAUUAUCAUCGUUAUCAGCUUAAUCAAUAUGCGACUUUCGGCAAAAAAUAAAAGAGUUCACCCAGAUAUAGAGAUGAAACCCACAGAUAUGACGUCAUAUAAAAUGUACACUCCAACGAAAAAGGACCGACCAAAUAUCGAAAAAGCAAGUGAAUGCUCGUGUAGUGUUACUGAAUCAUGCAAUUCGCUACCGGCUUCACAUGGCAACAGUUCUACUAGCAGUCGUAUGUCUUUAAUAUUACCUGGACAAAUUAAGUGUUGUCAUUGUCGUCUAAGAGAGUUUCAGGAAUAAGAAGCUUUCGACUGACAGGAAAGAGUUCACAAUUUAAAUGAUGAGAAGUAAACAUAAAUGAUGCUGCAUGUCCUCGAAAGUUUUAAAGAACAGAAUCAAGGAUUUAACACACAAAAAAAUUUAUUUUAGAAAUACAGUAU